AUGAUUAUUCCGGUAAAUGAUUUGUUAGCAUUUCAGGCGUUCGAUGAUUAUCCUAAAUCAUUUGGUGAUAUCAUUCUUAAAUAUUAUGUUUUCAGGGAUACUUUAGUAUUUUGUCAGGUUGACCCGUUAAGAGUUGCUGAUUUACAAAAUUACGUUUAUGAAAAGAUAACUGAUGAAAAUUAUGAAAAGAUUAUGAAUCAUGUUUAUAAAUAUGAUCGCAAAUUCCAACAAAUCGGACUUCCUACCAAAUUAAUUACAAGCUUAGCCGCUACAUCUGCUGACGCAACAGUUGAUAACGUUAUUAUUUCAUGCACAAAGAUGGAAGUUUUAGAGGAUAAAUGUAUUACACCCGGAUAUGGUUUAAUUGAAGAAUCAGUUAAAGCAAUACCACGUUUAUUUAGUAAGGAAGAUCCAUUCAUGAUUCCAGCUCAACAUAUUGACGUUCGUUCACUAAAUGGAGGUUGCAUCACUCCUGAAGGUAUUAGCUCAGAUUUCUCAUAUGCUCUUCAUAAUGUUACAGAUGUUGUGUUAACAUUUCCGAAAAAUGCAAUGCAAAGAACAGUUUUAGAAAAUCCAAUGCUUCGAGGUCUUCAGGUCACUAUAGAUUCCAGAAACUUCCCCGAUCAAGCGAUGACCACAGUGGGCGACAUAUUCUUUACACGUAUGCUUCAAGCUUCUGAUUUAGAUGGAGUGAAUGAAUGCACGGAAGAAUACGAGGACUCAUUAACUAGACCACUGAAUGCUGAUAAUGGCACGCCAUUAGCUAGAACAUGGAAAGACCAAACUUCAUUCUUAUGCACUAUUCCAGUUCAACGUGAUGGAGCGGGUAUAUUCUUUGAUGGAUUAGAAACUUUCAACUCACAAGUUACAGUACAAGUGAAAGCUUAUCCAAUCAUUCAGGGUGAAAAUGACACUUACUGUUCAAAGGUGACAAAUCCUCCUCAGGUUUGGUUUACUAGGACUACAUAUUGGACAUGGACACCGGAUGAAG